CUUUUGAUUAAAGCCUCGGGGACCCACGGGUUUCCUAAAUAAAUGCAAGAUUGAGAGAGCUUUUUCUCUCUGCUUGUGCGUCUCUGUUUUCUUUGAAAUUGCAACAGGCAUUUAAAAGAGCCUAAAGAUCAAGAAUUUGGAAGAACAAAUUCUUGGGUUUUGGUGGGUUUUUGAUUCUUUUAAGUUAGAGAGACUUGUACAGGAUGAUUGGUUGUGAUUGUUUUUACUGGAGCCAAGUUAAUGAUGAGUUCUACUCUGUUGAGCCUCAGCCUUUCUCUUUGCCUGCUCCAAUUCCCCAGUGGCCUCAAGGUCAGGGAUUUGCUACUGAGAGAAUAAACCUGGGAGAACUAGAAAUCAUCAAAAUUACCCAGUUUGAGAGUGUUUGGAGCUCCAACCUGUUGCAUGGAAAAGGAGUCACAUUUUAUAGACCUGUUGGGAUCGCUGAUGGUUUUUAUUGCCUUGGCCACUACUGUCAGUCCAAUGACCAACCAUUGCAAGGGUACGUUCUUGUGGCCAGUGAUGCCAACUUGCAGAAACCUGAAGUUCGUCAGCUCUGUGACUCGAAACCAGGCUCUCCAGCUCUGAAACGGCCACUUAACUACUCAUUGAUUUGGAGUACCGUUUCACACGACGAUGGUUGUGGUUACUUUUGGCUUCCAAACCCUCCAGCAGGUUACAAGGCAAUGGGUGUUGUGGUCACUAACAAGCCAGAGGAGCCUAGCGUUGAAGAAGUUAGAUGCAUUCGUGCAGAUCUUACAGAAAAAUGUGAAACUUGUGAUUUGAUCAUUUCCAAAGUUUCAAAAACUUUCAAUAAUCAAUUUCAGGUCUGGAACACAAGACCCUGCAAAAGGGGAAUGCAUUCUAAAGGUGUUUCCGUGGGGACGUUUUACUGCAGCACCUACUUGAGUUCUGAAGAUGAUUUGCUAGAUGUUGCAUGCUUGAAGAAUCUUGACUGUACCCUACACGCAAUGCCAAAUCUAGACCAGAUUCAUGCGCUCAUUAAGCACUUUGGCCCUACUGUGUUCUUCCAUCCUGAUGAAGAUUGCUUGCCAUCAUCAGUACAGUGGUUCUUCAAAAAUGGAGCACUUCUGUAUCAAGAAGGCAAGGAUGAGGGUCAACAUAUUGACUAUAGGGGUUCAAACUUGCCUUGUGAAGGUCAAAAUGAUAGGGAAUAUUGGAUUGAUUUGCCGAAUGAUGAUGAUGCUAGAAAUAACAUCAAAAGAGGAGAUCUAGAGAGCGCUGAGCUUUACGUUCAUGUGAAACCAGCGCUUGGAGGAACUUUUACUGAUAUUGCAUUUUGGGUAUUUUGUCCCUUCAAUGGACCAGCCACCCUUAAAAUUGGGUUAAUGAGCAUACCAAUGACCAAGAUUGGGCAACAUGUGGGUGAUUGGGAGCACUUCACCCUUCGUGUAAGUAACUUCACAGGGGAACUAUGGCAAGUCUACUUUUCACAGCAUAGUGGUGGCGAAUGGGUGCACGCUUCUGAUUUGGAAUUUAUUGAAGGUAAUAGGCCAAUUGUUUAUUCAUCAAAACAUGGUCAUGCUAGUUUUCCUCACCCUGGUACUUACCUUCAAGGAUCAACAAAGCUUGGAGUCGGGGUGAGAAAUGAUGCUGCCCAAAGCAAAUAUUAUAUAGAUUCAAGCACAAAGUAUCAGCUAAUUGCAGCCGAGUAUCUUGGAGACGGAGUAGUCACAGAGCCGUGCUGGCUGCAAUUUAUGCGAGAAUGGGGUCCAACCAUUGUAUAUGACUCAAGAUCUGAGCUAGAUAAGAUUAUAAAUCACCUCCCAUUCUUUGUUAGAUUCUCAGUGGAGAACAUCUUUGACCUGUUCCCAACUGAACUUUAUGGCGAGGAGGGACCAACCGGACCAAAGGUGAAAGAUAACUGGUUGGGAGAUGAAAGAUGCUAGUUUCGCAGCAUUCGCAUAUUACCCUAUUUAUCACUGUCCGGGCACGUUGAUAGAGGGUUUGGCAAGGUUGUGGAUUCUGCAGUUGGAUCGUCACCUAUAGCUUGUUCUUCUUUCCUUGGUUGCCAUGGAGAGUGCACUUAAGAGCAUGAUUUGCUUUUUGUGUUCAUAUAAGCAAGCAGGAAGGCUACAGAGUUAGCAGAGGAGAUGUUCAUACUGCAGUCGACAUGACUGAGAUCAACAGCAUUGAUUGUCAACAUUUGCUGAUGUUUUUCUUUUGUUGGUUGCAUCAUUUGAAAUGUGUAGUGGAGCAUUUGCAAUUGUAAUCAGAGGAAGGGUUUGAUGGGGGACGCCAAUUGCCAAGUAGAUUGAUGCUGGACUAUGGUGUGGGAUUGUAGAGUAAUGAAAGCUGUUAAAAUGGAACUUGUCAAAGGGUUAUUUUGCCCUGAAUUUAUGUAUUCUGCAAUUUGAUGC